AUGAGGCUUGCACUGGACCUUGAUCGAAGCGACACCCUCGGUCCCUACAGCCAACUUGACGACGUCAGUGGCGUGGUUCGAUUUCAGAGUGAUUGGUCGAGUAUCAGUCGCAUCCAGGUUUCCCUGCAAGGUCGAAUUCACACCUACAUUAAACACGAUGCGAAAGAGUCCAGCUUGGAAGAAAGCAGCGGUUACAACUAUCACAAAUUUUUCAAAGAAUCACUGACCAUCUUCCCGCCGCCGGGCGUGGUGGUGCCGCCACACGGGUUUUCUCUGUCCAGGCGCAAACUGCAUUCGUUCCCUUUCAAGCUGAAAUUCCCUGCCAGCACCUCGUGUCUGAAAAAUCGAAGACAUGCAAGCGAACUCCGGCUCCAGCUACCCCCGACGUUCUCGAUCGACACCAAGCCUCUCAACGCCAAAAUUGUUUACUGGCUCCGCGUGAAAGUGAAAAGAAACUUUGGAUUUCCUCGGCAGCUUCUUCUUCAGAAGGAUUUGGAGUUUGCACCGCUCUUUUCCCCCACGGUAUCCAAUCUCAACGACUUAUCGUUGACACCCGGGUACACUAGGCACAAUUUCAGAGAAUUAGGCAAUUUGGAAUUACGGGCCGAGCUUGACUCGCGCCACCUUUGUGUAGGUGACGAACUUACCCUGACACUGAAUCUUCGUCGGUCUAGUACCAGCGGCAGCCAUCAUCUGAGGGUUUACCUUCAGGCCAUCGAAAUCGACCUCCAGACGAUAGUUACGGUGAUCCAGCCCACCCAGACUAGCAAAAUAUCAUCAGUGCUAGCAGUAGCAAAAUGGACCCCGCGGAAAGAAAUCGACAUAUCAAGGGGAAUGGCUAGCUACAGAAUCCCCGAUGAUUCUCUGUCUCCGAUAAUGAUGCCAGAGACAUCUCCCGGGUUCAUCGCGUGUGCAGUGAGUGUGAAGCACAAUUUCCGGAUUCACGCGGGGCUUUCGCUGAGUACAAGUGGAGCACAUCAGGUUGUGCAGUGCGACAUCCCGGUCGCUAUUAGCAAUGGCAGAGCUCCGAGAGCCGCGUGCGACACCACGACCUUGCCACCUACAGGUCCAGUUGGCGUUGUGCCACCGGCCACUGUAGCACAGAUCCAAGACCUUGGACCACACGACUCGGGAGCCGAUAUUUCACCUGGUCCUCCUCCAUACUCUGAAGCCUGA